AUGGCGAGGCAGGAACAAGAGGGCGGGGCAUCCUCUCGCCUAUCGUAAGUGAUACCUAGUCUGUGGACGGCUACGGCGCCAUGAACAUCUUGCCGAAGAAGAGCUGGCACGUCCGGAACAAAGAUAAUGUCGCCCGCGUGCGGCGGGACGAGGCCCAGGCACGAGAGGAGGAGAAAGAGCGUGAGCGGAGGGUACUGCUCGCUCAGCAAGAGGCCCGUACAGAAUUCUUAAGGAAGAAAGCCAGGCAUCAGGACUCCCUACCUGAGCUCGAAGCAGCAGAGUUAGGAACGCUGAGUUCUCGCCCUGUGGACCUUUUUCGGGAGCUGCUGGAGGAAGGGAAAGGGGUGACCAGAGGCAACAAAGAGUAUGAGGAAGAAAAGCGCCAAGAGAAAGAGAGGCAGGAGAAGGCUCUGGGCAUCCUGACAUACCUGGGCCAGACUGCAGCGGAAGCCCAGACUCGGCCCCCUUGGUACCAGCUCCCUCCAGGGCGAGGGCCCCCCCUACCGGGCCCAGGACCGGAUGUGAAGAUCAAGAACCGCCUGGACCCUCUGCGAGAGAUGCAGAAGCAUUUGGGGAAGAGAAGGCACAGUGGCGAGGAUGGCAGUCACAGUAGAAAGGAAAAGGAGGGGUCUGAGAAACGGCCCAAAGAACCCCCAUCCCUGGAUCAGCUCCGGGCUGACCGUCUCCGGCGGGAAGCGGCUGAGAGGGCACGGGCGGAGGCCCUGCUGGCCCGUGUCCGAGGUGGGGCGGGGGCGCCCGAGGAGCAACAGCCAGAGGAGGAGGCUGAUGACCGGCGAAGGCGGUACAACUCCCAGUUCAACCCCCAGCUGGCCCGGUGCUCUCGCUGGCAGGACCCCCCUCUUGCUCACUGACUCCUGAGGGUACAGUAGAGGCUGCUACCACCAGCCGUCAUAUAAAACUAUUUAUUCAUAAAUAUUUUCCAAAAUGAAAA